AUAGGACCGGGCCCAGAAGAAAGACGCCAGCAGCGGCGGGUCGCGUUAGCAUCGGGUGCCAUCGAGUUCACACACAAUAUGCGGCGGGAGCAGCGCGGCGGACAACCCGGGACUCCUGAGUUCUUUAUCCGGCAGCUCCGUCUCCGUCCCCGCCCGCGCGCAGCAGCAUGUAAAGCCCAGCGACACGCCGUGAACCGCCGUGAAGGCUGAGGCCAAUGCAGGGCUGUGUGUGAGUGUGUGUGUGGUUGUGGUGAGUGUGUGUGUGCGUUUUUUUUUUCGGUCCGGACCCGCAAGAAUGUGGUGCUGCGAGGACUGACAAUACAGCCGCUCUCAUAGCCAACAAAUGGGGGACGGGGGAGCUCCUCUCCGGCUCCGACCCCGAGGACAUUAGCGCUUAACGCCGCCGCAGCCGCUGCUGCCACCGCCGCCGUGGUUUGGUGCAUUGGCUGCCCCCCUUUUUGGUAGUAAUCUAGCUUAAAUAGCUAACUAGCUAUUUACGCUAGCUAACGCUACUGUUUUCGCUGGGAAAGAAAGAAGAAGAGAGAAUAAGAAGAAGGAGGAGAAGAGGAAAAAAGACAAGAGAGACAGAGAGAGAAAGAGAUAUAAAGAAAGAGAGACGAGGCUACAGCUGAGGAUUUAAAGGAAAAAAAUAUAAACAAAAACAUAAACAAUAAUAAAAUAACAUCAAAACAUCGUCCGCCUACCUCCACAUAUCGCUAGUUACCAGGGAUUUAACUAAUCACGUGCUUAGCAACGACGCGUACACAGCUAACUAAGCUAUAGCUAACCAAGCUAGCUAGCUAACUAGCUAAGCUAACCUAGCUAACUAGCUAGCGUUAACGACCUCAUCCAAAAUUAAUGUGCCGAUCUGAAGGCUGACGAGUUCGUUCGCUUUCGGGGAGCAAAAAUGAGCAAGGAAAGGCCGAAGAGGAACAUCAUCCAGAAGAAAUUCGACGAUAAUGACGGGAUCCCCUGGUCGGAGGAGAGAGUGGUGCGCAGAGUGCUCUACCUCUCCCUCAAAGAGUUCAAGAGAGCACAGAAGAGUAAAGUUGAAAAUGGCACAGGAAUCAUAAACCGUUCCUUUGCGAAUGGUCAUCUGAACGGGUCAGGAGCCAAAGCAGGACUGUUCACAGGCAGCUGUAAGGCGGAAAGGUCUCGGCGCACGGCUCAGACCAGCAACGAUGACAGCGAAUACUCAGGAGAAGGGCCUGCAAGAAAGAGGCCAAGGCUGCAAGCACAGAGGAAAUUUGCCCAGUCUCAGCCAAGCUCUCCCAAUGCAACUCCAGUUAAAUUACUGGAGACCAUGCCACCCAGUCCCAGCCUUCCUCUCAGUGAUCUCACCAAGUGCAAACCCAAAACAGAGGACUUCCUCACCUUCCUUUGUCUAAGAGGUUCUGCUGCGUUGCCCAGCAACAUGAAGUACUUCGGCAGUGCUCAGGAUGAUGAAGACGCAGAAGAGGAAGAAGAAGACGAGGAUGAGGUGCAAAAGGAGCCGGCGGCUAGCGUUGCAUCCACUUCUUGUCAGGCCAGUCCACGCAAGAGCAAAGCCCCAAGCAGGGUUGUGGCCAACGGCCAUGUGUUUAACGGGCAGCCACGGGCGACAGGGGAGCGGGAGAGCAGCCUGAGGGUCAGGGGCAAAGAUGGAGCCCAGGGGAGAGACAGAGGCUCCGGAUCAUCGGCCAGAGCUUCCACCACACACAACCUGCGGCCCUGCAAGCCUGCACCGGAGCAAAAACCACAGCCCUCUAAAGUGCAGCGACCGCAGAGAGCCGCCUCUGCUAACAGCCGGAAAGCGCGGAAGGAAGAUCUCCCACCUCCUCUCCCGACCAAAGCUGUGAAAUACCCCAAGGGCCACGUGACCUACACCAAAGCCAGACUGUUGAAAGAGGCCAAGCUGGACCCGAGCGCGCACAGACGCCACCUGAGCUCGCAACACACCCAUGCACACCUUCAGCACAUCAACUCAGGAAAAGCCCAGAUCGGCCAGGGCAAGACGCAGAAACAGGUGCUAUCAUCUGCAGCCAAUGGCUGCUGCCCCAGGCUGAGCGGACUGACCAACGGCAGGCCGAGCGGGCCUGCUGCGUGCCCACCCCGGCGGGACGGAUUACGACAGUCGAAGAGGCAGCUGGAAAUGGUUAAGGCGGGAGCAGCGAGUCAGACUGAAGCAGGGAUGGAGGUGGAGGUGAAAAGGGUAAAAGUGCAGGUGGUUCCCCUCGACACACGGAGCAGGAGAGUGGCUCAGGAGGCAGCGGCAACCGUAGGAACCCGCACUAGAGCGACACAAGCAGCAGGAUCCCAGAGACCCAGACGAGCCUCCGCCGGGAAGCUCAUGUUAACGAAACAGACACACUGUACAGCCACAACUCGGGCCAGGAGCAGCCCUACUACCUCAACCCAGAACCCCAACAGGGACACCCUGAAACCAGCCACAGUUCCUAAACCAGCCAAACCGCCCAGGUCCAGCGCUCCCAUCAAAACGCCCACCGCGCCCGAACCAGCCGAGCCUCCCAAACCAGCAGAGCCCAGAGUGGUCCAGGAAAGGGAACGGGGUAGGCGCGGCACCAUCCCUGAAAUGACGGAGGUUCCCGUCUUCCACCCCGUUCCGCGUGAGUUUCACGAUCCCCUGACGUACGUGGACGUGAUGCGCCAGCGGGCCGAGCCGUUCGGCCUGUUCCGCGUGGUCCCGCCAGCGGGCUGGCGGCCCGAGUGCAAGCUGAAGGAGGAGAUGCGCUUCGUGUCUCACGUGCAGCACGUUCACAAGAUGGGUCGGCGCUGGGGUCCCAACGUACAGCGGCUCGCCUGCAUCAGGAAGCACCUGCGAGCUCAGGGCAUUAACAUGGAGGAGCCACCAUUAAUCGGCGGCUGUGAACUGGACCUGGCCCGCUUCUUCCAGCUCCUGAACGACAUGGGGGGCAUGCAGCAGGUGACGGACCUGAAGACGUGGGGGCGACUGGCCGACCUGCUGGGCAUCCCGCGCUCAGCCCAGGACCGGUUGGCUAAGCUCCAGGAGGCCUACUGUCAGUAUCUGCUGUCCUACGACUCGCUGUCGCCGGGCCAGCAGGCCCAGCUGGAGAAGGACGUUCUGGCCGAGAAGGAGAGCCUGGAGAAGAAGAGCGGGCCCCUGGAGGGCCAGGCCGACAUUUCCCAGCACGCUGCUCUGGUCCUGCCGCGCUGCGAGCCCAAGAACGGCCUGGUGAACGGAGCGCUGCACCGGAGCGGGGUUCGGGAGCGCCUCCGUGAGCUGGACCCCACGGCCAGGAGCAGUAGACCAAGAAGACUGGACAAGAAAGGAGAGGACGACGGGGUGCUGAACGAGCUUAACAAAUGCAUAUACAAGGGAAAAUCAUUCUCCCUAAUGACGUUUUACCGUGCAGCCAGGAACACCAUGAAUAUGUGCUUCAGCAAAGAGCCGGACACAGCUCAAGUCGAGCAAGAGUACUGGAGACUGGUAGAGGGAAAAGAAUGCCAUGUCGCAGUGCACUGUGGGCGAGUGGACACAAAGACUCAUGGGAGUGGAUUUCCUGUGGGCAAGUCUGAGCCAUUUUCAAAGCAUGGAUGGAAUCUCACUGUCCUUUCCAAUAACUCAGGAUCCAUCCUGCGUCAUCUUGGUGCUGUGCCAGGAGUGACCAUCCCCUGGCUGAAUAUAGGCAUGGUCUUUUCUACCUCAUGUUGGUCCAGGGACCAGAAUAGCCUUCCAUACAUAGAUUACCUACACACUGGUGCUGAUUGCAUUUGGUACUGUAUUCCUGCCGAGGAGAAGUCAAAACUUGACAAAGUAGUUCACACACUGCUGCAGGCCAACGGAACCCCAGGGCUCGAGAUGCUGGAGAAGAACAUUAUGAUCUCUCCAGAGGUGCUCCGUCGAGAGGGGGUGAAGGUGCACCGGACAGUGCAGCGGACUGGCCAGUUCAUGGUGUGUUUCCCGGGGACCUUUGUGUCCAAGGUGUGUUGUGGCUAUAGUGUGUCUGAGACAGUGCAUUUUGCCACACCUGAGUGGAUGAAGCUGGGCUAUGAGGCAGCGAAGGACCUGAAGAGGAGACGCAUAGAGGAGCCAUUCUCUACUGAGAAACUGCUUUGCCAGAUUGUGACGUCAGAAUCCAAACCAGAGAACAGAAAUCUUCUGAAUGCAGCUUCCUCUCUUAUUGUAGAUCUCAGGGACACAGAGAUUAGCCAGCGGCGGGAGCUUUUUAAGUCUGGGCUUCGGCUGUCCGCCCGUUACGGCAUUCAGCCCGAUAACCAUUCCCUCACGGAGAGGAAGAAACCGCAGCGCACGCGGCUGGCCGAGGACACGGCUGACCGGCGGUGCCAGGUGUGCCAGCAUCUGUGUUACCUCUCCAUGGUGGUGCAUGAAAGCGAUAACGUGGUGUUCUGUCUGGAAUGUGCUCUUCGGUAUAUCCAGAAGCGCAGGUCCCCUCGAGGUCUGAAGAUGAUGUUUCGUUACACUGAGGAGCAGCUCAACAGUUUGGUAAACCGGGUUAGCGGUAAAGCAUCGGAACGGACCGGAGAGAAGAGGAAAGCGGCCAAUCCCAGCACUCCACCAGCAAAACGAAGCCCCAGAAACAGGAGCUCCACCCAGGUCUCCACGUUGCGCUCCGCCUCAAAGAACCCCUCCCGCUCUUGACCAAACCGCCAGGCCCAUUCCCUCCUUCCCAGCGCCUCGUUCAGCAUCGGCCGUCCAGCGGCGCCCCCUCGUGUGGAAUGUUGCUACUACAACACGGUGAAGAGUCGGAGCGUCGGAGCCGGAGCGUCAGAGCCGGAGCGUCAGAGCCGGAGCGUAGACACGCGGCUGUUACGUGGCACUUUGUGUUAGAUAUGAAUAGUUACUAGCCGGAGUUAGUGCAAGGAACUGAAUGUAUGGGACAUAAAACACUCAACACACAAAUACAUACAUAAACUUACAUACAUACAUCUAAACACACACACACAGAGAAAUGUUACACCGUACUUAAGUAAGUAGCUAUCCUGUAAGAACACGGUCGCUAGGGACGUCAGAUAUAGAAGGGAGAUUGGGGAGCCCGUUCACGCACCGAAACUCUUUUUUGCACUAGUACUGAGAUUGUUUUUUCGUUUUUUUGUUUGUUUUUUGUUUUGUUUUUUUUAAGAGUAUUUUUUUCCGAGUUGUUCCAGCGUUCAAUCAAAUAUAAAUAUACAUAUACAUAGAUAUGAAUAUAUCCUAUACUGUACCUAUCGUUUGUGUUUAACUUGGUGCUGUAGUGUCACAUCUUCCGUCGGCCCUUCCGUCAGGCUUUUUUCUCUUGGGCUCACUCAUGUUGGAUAGGUUUAUAUAUAUAUAAAUAUAUAAACAGAUAUGUGUAUGAUUAUGCCCCCUUUUAAGAUGAAUAGAUCUUAGCAGCUUAAAAUACCAAUAGAUUAUAUUAUAUAAAACCACAAACUCCUAAACCACCUCCUACCCCUCCCCUCCCCGCCCCUUGUUUAUGAAUAAUUAUGAAUGAUAUGAAGGAGCAUGGUCAUGUUUAAUAUAUAUUGAUUGAUAUUGAUAUAUAGUGCACACUACCUGCUGGGCAAUCUGAAGGCCUUCAGGGGCCGAUGUGAUGAGAACUGGCCACUCAUUUUAAAGCACAUUUCGAGGCCUUUUUUCUUCCCCAAUAAUAAUAAAACUAAAGUGAUUAAAAAUGAUAAUAAUGUUAAUACUAAUGAUGAUGGUGAUGAUAAAGAUGCCCAGAGCAAUAUUUUCUGAAAUUGAGUAGAAAUAUAUUAAACAAAUUGUGAAGAAGCACUUUGCCAUAAAUUCCUAUUCCUCCAGGCCAAGCUUUUGUGAUUGGUCCACAGUGUUAAUCGCCUUUAACACAUAGAAUAUGCUCUUUAAAAUCCCCAGAAUAUUCUUUUCUUUAUAUAGAAUAUUUAUUAUUAUUACUACAUAACAAAAAGUCUAUCACAAAUGUUCCCAAAUAUGUUUAUAUAACAAUAAAUAAUACGAAUUCUCCCUUCACUCUUAAAGCUGAGCCUUUCGAGAGAGAGAGAAAGAGAGGGGCCCACAAGGGUUGGAUGAGAAACGCCUUACUCCCCCACCUUAUUGGUUUCUUCGUCUGUUCAAAGUUAGAUGUUCACAGGGUUGCUGUUGUAACAUAUUGAAACAAACAAGCGAAUAAAAAAAAUAAGUGCUGCUUAAUCACUGAAGAAGUACGUUAAUAGUGGUGAUCCCUAGUUUUUUAGCUUUACUUUUUUAUUCAAAGGGAAAAAAAAAACAAAAACGAACAAACAAAUCUUUUACCUGAAACGUCAACCAUGUCGUAGCUAGCCAUAACUCACUGUAAUAAAGUCCUUUAGUCCAACAUGGUAGUCGCCCUCUUCCAAAAAAAAAAAAAAAGAAUAAAAGAAAAAAAGACUGGUGUUUUAAGCAUAGUAAAAAAAAAUCAAGUGUUUCCAAAAACAAAAUGUGGUUGUAAACUUUUUUAUGGCCUUCACUUUUUUCCCGGCCCUCACCGUUUUCUACCGUAAACCUCCUGCUUGGCUUGCUUUUUAUUUAUAAGCGCUGUUUCUCAGUCCUCUCAAUCUAGUGGAGUUGUUUUGUUUUUGGUUAUUGGCUUUUUUACUUUUCCGGUUUGUAUAAUUUUGUUGUAAUAAACAAAUCGCUGUCCGAUCCUUCCCAACA